UAACAGUCAAUUUCAAAAACAUGUUUAUUCUCAGUAUAGCGUUCCUUGGCGUUUUGGCAGCUGCGUCUGCUCUGCCUGUGGAUAACAGUAACUGGCAGCUAGUACCAACUGCCGAUGGUCGUCUACAUCUCGUCAACAUCAACCCGUACAAUCUUCCGGAGGCUCAAGAUCCCGAGGUACAUUUUGAGCCCGAAACCGACAUCGGGUUUUGGCUGUUCACUCGAAGCAACCCAACUACGCCACAGUUUCUAAGGAUAAAUGACCCAGCCUCGAUAGUCAACUCCAACUUCAACCCGGCGAACCCAACCCGCUUCACCAUCCACGGAUGGAGCAACGACGGAAGCUACCCGAUGAACAACGCUAUCCGUGAUCGACUGCUGGCGGUUGGAGACUUCAACGUGAUCACCGUAGACUGGGGAGCGGCUGCGUUGAACCCGAGUUACAUUGGAGCGCGUAACAGUGUCGGUGCUGCCGGGUUUGGAGUUGGCCGCAUGAUCGACGAACUGAUUGCUCAUCGUGGGGUGGAUGUGAACAGUAUUUAUUUGAUUGGGUUCAGUUUGGGGGCUCAUGUGGCUGGCAAUGCGGGAAAGCAUCACGGAGGUCGGAUCAAUACGAUCAUUGCGUUGGAUCCUGCGGGGCCUUUGUUCUCCGCUGGACAGGCCGAUGCGGUGUCUCCUCAGGACGGUUUGUACGUGGAGACUAUCAUGAGCAACGCUGGUUUGUUGGGUAUCAAUGUGCCGCUGGGACAGGCCAACUUCUACCCCAACGGAGGAAGAUCUCAGCCAGGCUGUGGGACUGACAUCGGAGGUAGCUGCGCCCACGCCCGUGCCCCACAAUUCUACGCUGAGUCGAUCGGAGCUUCCGUGCCAUUCCGAUCAACGCGGUGUGCCAGUCACGACGAAAUCCUCGCCGGAGUGUGUACUCCAAGUGGACCGGAUGCCAACAUGGGCGGACAACCGUCCAACUUUGGCCGCGGUGUCAACGGGAUCUUCUUCCUGACCACCAACGGGGACGCUCCGUUCGCUCGAGGCUAAAUAUAAUCAAGAUGCAAUCUCUGAAGAAAAUUCGCUUUUUCCUUCCACCGGUAGCUGCACG